AUGGGCCCAACAGAUGCUUCCAUGUCAGCCAUGGAGAUACGUCGAGGAAGCGACCAGACGGCCGACCGUGGCCGCUCUCUGAGCAAACCUACAUCUCUCCAGAUGGAAGGUUCUCCGACAGGCAUAGUGGCUGGCUUCUUCCUCGCCCAGCACAAACGACAAUUGGGAGGCAACAAGAUGAUCGUCAAGAUCACGGUCUUCAAAGCCCUCCAGCCCGUCACGGAUGACGAAUUUCCAACCAUAAUCUUCUGGGUGCAAGACGCUCGCAACAUUUAUGGCGAUAUCAAUGGGGCGCAUUUGGUGAAUGUCUCAGAUGUGGUGGGGAUCGAUCGUAUGUGGGAGUUCGGAGAGCCGAAGGUGCUCAAAAGGGGCGCAGAUGGGAAGAGCAUUGUUGUCGGACCCACAGCGACAGGUCCAACACAAAUGUAUGCGGAUGUUGUUACUGGCGUCUUAACCUCCGAGCCCAGUUUUGAGCCAUCAGUCAAAGCCACAGUAAUUCGUGGGGGUGACUGGAUUUCUACAGACCCGCCGAAUUCGAAUUCCAAUGCUACUGUGUUGAGACUCCAUGUCGACGUGCUUGUCAAAGUUGAUGGAAAUGCAGAAGAAGAUGCGUACAUCCGGAUGCGAUGCACAGGUGCAGAGAUUGCAACACCAGAAGUCGCUGCUAUUGUAAGUGGCAACCGAAAUGCCUCGUCCGUCAAGUUUGGCGACUUUCAGGCAACGUCAUCUUGGACGUUUGAAACAGCGAGUAAGAAGUACUGGGAGUUACAGAAUGCAGUCUUCGUGGGCAGCACUAGCCUACGUGUUGGAGAAGAUGAAAGUACAUUCGUUGUAGGCUUCAAGAUUGCCAAAGUGUUGAGUGCCGAGACUGAUUCCGUGUGUCGAGGCCGCAAACUCCUCCUCGCAAUGACCCGAGAUGCCAGCCAAGGCACACGCUAUAUCAAUCCCCUAUCUACACCGUGGGACGGCGAUUUGGAGAAAGAGAUGGUGGAAUGGGGAUGGGAUAAUUGGCAAGAACACAAAGGCUGGUGCAACUUCAAGGAAAAUGGAUUGUCGCCGGCAUUAAAAGCUCUGGGCAUCAGUGACCAGCAUGUCGACGACAAAGGCGAUAACCAAUGUUGGGUUGCGAACCAUUUCGAUGGGCCAGGUGUGCUCUUCAAUCCAGAUGACCCUGAGUAUAUAGAUGAUUCGGACGAUGAGAUGUUGGCCAUGGAUGAUCAGUAUUAUAUGGAUCCAAAUGGGCAAAGAAAGAGGUGCACAGGCGCGUCAUACGCUAUGGGCAUCAACGUACCCGCCGGUGUGCUAUACUUCAUCUCACGUACGGGGCCGCUAGAAGCCGCAAAGUGGUUGUGGGAGAGAACGCCGCAAUUUUCCGAACUUCCCAAUCUUAGGAUGAGCUCCGAUCUAGCAUGGAGUUUGUGGCACAAGAUCAUGUGGCCUGAUCAUCCUCUUAGCAAUAUCCGUAAGAUAUUCAGUCUAUAUAUUACCAAUGAGGAGACGAAUGAUAUCGUGGAAAAGGCACUUGGUAUAGGGCCAACAGACGAUAUGAAGAAGUGGCCUGGGGUGAACUUUGACUCGACGUCGGACGAGGGUUUGGCUAUCCUUGGAUCAGCCAAUGGUCGCGCAGUGGGUUACUUCCUUGCUCAGCAUAAGCAUCAGUUGGGUGGAGACAAAUACGUCUCCAAGAUGACUGUCUUUGAGGAUGAAAACGAGGGCAAUCCUCAUGCCACAAUUCUCUUCUGGAUCGAUGAUGUGCCUUCGCCACCGCCGGAGUUACCGGAGCCUGGCGCGCCGCCUGGUGAUCAUUCCAUGGACACUUCGCUUGGGAUGGUUCAGUCAAAAGUUGUGAGGAGGAGGGAUCAUGGAAUGAGUAUCAUAAGGAAACACGUGAUUAGGGUAGGACCGGAAUAG